AAUGAGAAAAUAGUAGAAUGAUUAUUUGCUUGGGUCCGGUGGGUUCAGGUAAAACUCUACUUUUAAAAAGUUUAAAAAACAGCUCUAAUGUCGAUAGUACAACAACAGCAGUUCCUACUAACGGAACCGAUAUUAUAAAUAUAAAAAUAGAAGAUACGUCGUACCAAAUACGAGAAUUGGGUGGUUCCAUGGCACCGAUUUGGCCUAAAUAUUUUACAAACGUAAAUAAAAUCAUUUAUUUAGUUGAUGCUUCUAAUUUGUGUCAGAUUUCAGCUGCUGGAGUCCUUCUAUAUACAGUUCUAGUGCAUCCUUUAUUAAAGAAUACACCGAUUUUGUUGGUAUUGAGUAAAAUGGAUGCCAGUUAUAGACAGAUGAGGAACGAGGCCUUGCUGAUGUUACAAAUGAGAAGAUUACAAAAAGAAGCAACGCAAAAAAUCACUAUUACCGAAUAUAGUGCUAUUACAGGAGAAGGAAAAAAGGAUAUAAUCAAUUGGAUAACUCAAAAAAUUUAAACAUUAUGCUGUAGAGUGGUUUUUAUUAGCACUUAUAGAAAUCUACGUUCUUUUCUAUAUAAUCUAUGAUAUUCAAUAAAUUUAUAGAA